AAACCGGGAAAGACAACAGCAGGAACCAGCAAAGGCAGAGAACGUGAGAAAUUCCAGGAACUGCACAGUGUCCAUCUGUCCAUCUCUGUGUGACUGAAACCGAAUCAGAUUAAGGAUGCUGGGCUGUGGAUGUGUGAUGCUCUCUGGUCUGCUGACCCUGACCUUGUUCCACUGCAGUGCGGAAAGUCUUCAUGUACCCCAAGAAAGAUCAGAGUAUGUGGAACCAUCUGUGGUGGAGGGCCGCAGUGUCCAGCGAGGCCAGACCGAGCAGAAGACCUCAGGAGCCGUGAACACUAAACUCCUCCUGCACAACCGGCUGGUCCGACUGGAGAACGAUGUCAUUGAGACCAAGAGGAAACGCAGCUUCCCUGGAUCCAACACGCCUCUUGACCGCCUGUCAAUCAGUACCAUGGAUCCCAAAAGCAACAAGCAGAGGAAGGUCGUUGAGUUGCCACGGCGACGAGUCAGCACUCCGAUUGACCGGAUUGGCGUAGGCCGUCUUCCCAGCAACCGAGGAUAGACUCCGCCUCUGACCACGCCCCGACUAACAGAGGGUAAUAUCGCAGGUAGAUGAUAUGCAUGAUAAGCACACCAGCCGGCUACUCACUAACCACUGAAUGACCUUUAACCAUCCGCUCCAGAGCUGUUCCUUCUCAUUGAUUUAGACCUUCAAUAUCCGAUCAAACUGUUUAUUUCCAGUUCUGACUCAUCAUCAUAUAAAUACUACAUCUAAACUGUAUUGCUUUCAUGAAAUGAGUUCUGUUUAUGAUGUAAGAAGCAUUAGCCAAUCAGAGAGGAAUCUGCUCAUGGCUUCCAUUAUUGCACAUCUCAAUAUUUACUCCAGUGCCUCACGACUUCUCGCUUGCUGUAAUAUACAUAAAUAUUGUCAUUUUCUCACUUUGACUGGAGGCUGUUCAGCCUUGACAAUAAAACAGAUGAAAAUUUA